GACAAUGAAGAGAUGCAGAAAUUGCGAAUGGCCACUUCACCAUUAUCACAACUACUACUAUCUCUGAUUCUCCUCCAGAAUUUUCACCAUUCACAUUCCUUCUCCCUCUCCGUUGAGAACCACAAUGAAGACGUCAUAGUUUCAUCACCCAAUGCCACAUUCACCGCAGGUUUUUACCCCGUCGGUGAAAACGCUUUCUGCUUCGCAAUAUGGUACACCCGGCCACCUCGUACCGUCGUUUGGAUGGCCAACCGGGACCAGCCGGUAAACGGAAAACGCUCCACGCUCUCCCUUCUCGGAACCGGUAACCUCGAACUAACCGAUGCCGGUCAGUUCAUCGUGUGGUCCACAAACACCGCCACCCCAUCGAAACAAAACCCCCGGUUACAUUUGUACGACACCGGCAACCUCGUACUAAUAGCAAUCCUCGACAACUCCGAAGAUCAUGUUUUGUGGCAAAGCUUCGAUUUUCCGACGGACACGCUUCUUCCUAACCAACCUCUGAGCAAGAGCACCAACCUCGUUUCAUCGAGAAGUGGGACCAACUAUUCCUCCGGUCACUACAAGCUCUUCUUCGACUUCGAGAAUGUUCUGCGUCUCAUGUACCAGGGUCCUCGAGUUUCGAGUGUUUACUGGCCUUACGCUUGGCUUCAGAGCAAUAACUUCGGUAAUGGGAAUGGUAGAUCCACUUUCAAUGAUAGCAGGGUUGUUGUGCUGGACGAUUUCGGCAAACUGGUUUCUUCUGAUAACUUCACUUUCACUACAAUUGAUAGCGGAACGGUGGUGCUUCGACGAAGAUUGACCCUCGAUCACGACGGAAAUGCGAGGGUGUAUAGCAUCAGAGACGGAGAAGAUAAUUGGAAGGUGACGGGAAUAUUCCGGCCACAGCCUUGUUUUAUUCACGGGAUUUGUGGACCCAAUAGUUAUUGCAGUAAUAAACCAACUACUGGAAGAACGUGUUCCUGCCUUCCAGGAUAUAGAUGGGUUGAUAGUCAAGACUGGUCUCAAGGUUGUGAAUCAAGUUUCCAGCUUUGGUGCAACAACACUGAGAAAGAGUCUCACUUCCUACGCUUACCUGAAUUUGAUUUUUACGGAUACGACUAUGGCUAUUAUCCAAACCACACGUACGAACAAUGUGUGAAUCUGUGCUUGGAGUUGUGCGAAUGCAAAGGGUUUCAACACAGCUUCUCAGAGAAAAGUGACUCUACUAGUCAGUGCUACCUGAAGACACAGUUGCUAAAUGGCCAUCAUUCACCUGGUUUUAAGGGAUCAUUCAGCCUGCGACUUCCUUUGUCUCAUGACUAUGAUGAGAAGGCCAUCCUAAAUAAUGACAAUGGCUUGGUUUGUGAGGGAAAUAGUGGAGGAGCGAAAGAACUAGAGAGACCGUAUGUGGAAGAAAAAGAAAAUGGAUCGGUGAAGUUCAUGCUGUGGUUUGCAACUGCCUUGGGAGGAAUUGAGAUCGUGUGCUUCUUUUUGGUGUGGUGUUUCUUGUUUAGGAAUAAUGCUGACAAACAAGCCUAUGUUCUUGCAGCUGAAACAGGGUUUAGGAAAUUCAGUUAUUCUGAACUGAAACAAGCCACCAAAGGUUUCUCUCAAGAGAUUGGAAGGGGUGCUGGAGGUAUUGUGUAUAAGGGUGUCUUGUCUGACGAUCAAGUUGUGGCGAUAAAGCGACUACAUGAAGUUGUGAACCAAGGAGAAAGUGAGUUCCUGGCUGAAGUAAGCAUAAUUGGAAGGCUUAAUCACAUGAACUUAAUUGGCAUGUUGGGGUAUUGUGCAGAGGGAAAGUAUAGAUUGUUGGUUUAUGAGUACAUGGAGAAUGGUUCUUUAGCUCAGAACCUUUCAUCGAGUUCAAAUGUACUUGACUGGAAUAAGAGGUAUAACAUUGCUCUGGGAACAGCAAGGGGUCUGGCUUACUUGCAUGAAGAAUGCUUGGAAUGGGUUUUGCAUUGUGAUAUUAAGCCACAAAAUAUACUUCUGGACUCUGAUUACCAACCCAAGGUAGCAGAUUUUGGCUUGUCUAAGCUACUUAACCGGAACAACCUCGACAAUUCAACCUUCUCAAGGAUAAGAGGAACAAGAGGUUACAUGGCACCGGAAUGGGUUUUCAACUUGCCAAUCACUUCCAAGGUGGAUGUUUACAGCUAUGGAAUUGUUGUGUUGGAGAUGAUAACAGGAAGGAGCCCAACAACAGGUGUCCAAAUCACAGAAUUAGAAGCAAAGUCGCCUCAUCAUGGGAGGUUGGUGACAUGGGUGAGGGAGAAAAGGAAGAAAGGAUCAGAAAUGGGAUCAUCUUGGGUGGAUCAAAUCGUUGACCCUGCUUUGGGAUCAGACUAUGACAUGAAUAAGAUGGAGAUGUUGGCAACGAUGGCUUUGGAAUGUGUAGAGGAAGAGAAAGACGUGAGACCUAGCAUGAGUCAUGUUGCUGAGAGGCUCCAAAGUCAUGAACAUGAUUCUUGAUGGUUUGAACAAAGAGUAGUCAUAUGUCCCGUGUUUGUGACUUCCCUUGUUUAUCAUCAAUGGUUCAUGUUCCUCUUAUUUUUUGGUUGGUUUGGUCUAUGACAUGAAUAAAAUGGAGAUAUUGGCAACCGUGGCUUUGGAAUGUGUAGAGGAAAAGAAAGACAUGAGACCCAGCAUGAAUCAUGUUGUUGAGAGGCUCCAAAGUCAUGAACACAAUUCUUGAUGGUUUGAACAAAAAAUAGCCAUCUCUCCCAUGGCUGUAACUUCCCAUGUUUAUCAUCCACGGUUCCAGCUCCUCUAAUUUUUUGUUUGGUUUCGUCUAUCACACAUUAUUUGUUUGUGCCUUGUGGAAAAUUUUCAAUUGGUGUGCAGUUUAAUGCUGCUGUUGUAUCAGAUUCUUGUGUUUGGCAACCUAUGUUUGUUACAGUUGCAGGAAUUAUUCACUACUAGUACACCCCUUGUUUUACAAUA